CAUGUUCCACUGUUUUCGCUCCACCAGUGAAAUUCAGAAUGAGAGCCAUGAAUCCUUCUCCAUUUCCUAACCAAACUUUCCCCAGUUUGCUUCCUUCAAACCCUAACCCUAAUUUUCAUAUCCCUGAUUCUUCACAUUUCCAACCUCAAAAUCCUCCUCUCGACUUGUUUUCUUCCCUUUCCUCUCUCAAAAACCUCAUCAAUGUUGCCAACCAAACCCUUCAAUCUCUCUCCUACCUCACCCUCACCCCAACCCCAUCUCACUACGGCAACGAUUCCUAUCUCGUUCAGUGCCAUUUUGAUCGGCGCCACCGUGUGCCCCCUCAUUCUCUCUUCCGCCACUCCCUCAUCUGCCCUUCCGCUUCCCUGCCACGUAUCGACCCGACCCAACUCCUCCAAUCCUUGCAUUACCCUCAAACGCUUCUUCAUUCAUCUCGUCAAUUGGUUAAUGAGAAACGCUUCUCUCAAAUGCUCCCGGAUUCGGAUGCCGACCUUUGCUUUUCUCUCAAUGAUUUUACUGAUGCCACUUCCAAUUUCUUCUAUCUUGAUUGUCCUAGCGUUGUUGCCUCGUCUAACCUGGAUGAAAUCUCCAAAGUUUUCACUCUUCCCCGUAUUUUGGCUGUUCAUUGCGCUAAUUUUAUUGGUAAUGACCAUCCAGAGAUGAAGAGUACGUUGAAGGGGUUACGAAUACUUCCCUCUGACUUGUGGGUUCUUAGAAGUGAGGUAGAAGCGUGGGACGAAUACCCCAAUAUGUACUCAUUUGUUGUGCUUCGGUCCAUAUUGGGCUCAGAGAUGGCCAUGGACAGCCAUUUGAUGACAUGGAUCAUUGCAAAUUCGCCUCGGUAUGGUGCUGUUCUUGAUGUUGCUAUGAGGGAUCAUGUAUUUUUGCUGUUUAGGUUGUGUUUUAUGGCAAUCUAUAAGGAAGCUUUGGGAUUUCAAAUUGCGUUGGAAAAUGGAAAUGGAAUGGAGGGUGGAUCAGGGAAUAGCUGUUUUAACUGUCCGAUUUUGAUUCAAGUAUUAAUGUGGCUAGCAUCGCAGCUUUCCGUGUUGUAUGGGGAAACAAAUGGGAAAUUCUUUGCUAUUCACAUGCUUAGACAAUGUAUACUAGAUGCUGCAUUGCGGCUGUUGCUUUUACCAUCGGAACAAAAGCCAGUGGAGAGUCUGACUUUAGGAGAGGGUUCUCAUAAUCUGGAAACUAGUUGUAGUGACACACAGAGUGUGAAGUUGAAUGAAUUGGAUCAGAAAGUUGUAAAUAAUGGCAAUGUUACAGGAGAAGAAACGGUCAAUUGUAGGGAGAUUCUUGUGUCCCAAGUGGCUGCAGCCGUUGCAGCAUUGCAUGAGCGUUUUCUACUUGAAGAAAAGAUCAAAACCUUACGCUUUUCUCAUCUACAAACUAAAUAUCAGCGGGUUUCUGAGUAUAACUAUAUCUCUCAAAGAGCUUGUGAAGAACGUAAAAGACGUUGCAACUAUAGACCUAUAAUUGAGCAUGAUGGACUCCCAAAGCAGCAGUUUCAUAAUGAGGAUACAAACAAGACCAAAACAAGGGAGGAACUCUUGGCUGAAGAAAGGGAUUAUAAACGUCGAAGAAUGUCAUACCGUGGAAAGAAGGCAAAGCGAUCAACUUUACAGGUUACAAGGGAUAUUAUUGAGGAAUACAUGGAGGAGAUUAUGAAAGCUGGAGGAAUUGGGUGCUUUGUGAAGGGACCUGAAGAGAGAGGGACAAAAUCUGAACAACCCACUGAUCAUAACAUUACAAGAAAUAUUAUUGCUGAUGGGCACACAAAAGGAAGCAACGACUCACAUGGAGAUGCAAGACUUAGCUCAAGUCAUUCCAAGAAGCAGUCUAACUAUGAUAGUGGAUACUCAUUUUCGGAGAAGCCACAAAAAGAUCAUUAUGGGCACAAUGGCUCUCCAGAAGAUGAAAGGAAAAGUUCCAAUAAGGACAAAUAUGAUCGAGAUCACCAUCAUAGGUUCUCAGAUCGAAGCAGUAGUCCUAGCCAGUCACACAAAUGGAAGAGAUAUCCAAGUGAUCGAGAUGAUGAGGUGCUAGCAGAAACCAGGCAUCAUGAAACUAGAAAGCUGUCUUCUAGCAGCUCUAAUUAUCAUGGUUUUAGAUCAUCUUCAUCCUCUAGAUCUGGGGGUGGUUCAAGUGCAAGGAAGGAUGGUCAUAAGUUGAGAGCCAGUGAUAGUCGGAAAAGGAACAUGGCUGAUAAUCACAGUUCAGAACAUUUGGUGUUUAAUUCAUUUAAUGAUAGGUAUACCCCUUCUGAAUGUCAUGACAAAUUGGAAGAUGAUUACUCCACUGCCAGCAGAUUAUCUAGAUCUCGAUGAACUUUAAUGUGAUGAUCCUUGAAUGAUGAGGCUGUGCCGCAUAUGGUGCCAUACUUUUUAACCUAGCAAAUAUCUAGCUCGUGCAUGAGGUUAUCUAGCUUCAGAAAUUUUAUCCUCACGUGUAUCCUCCAUAGUAUCCUUGAAGUUUAUCCCAUUUUCUUAUACGUUAAAUCUUGUCAAAAUCUCUAUUCUUUCAUUGUAUUUUCUCUUUUCCAGAGAGAUCUGCUAUUAACACAUUGUUGCACUUGCAUUAUUUGAUUCGCGUCAUCAAAUAUCAAAAAUGCCAAUUUUACAUCAUCUUUUUCUGUUCUGGGGUUGUCUGAUAUUUCUGGAUUACAAAGGCAGAUUAAUGAAGUCGUCAGAAAAAUGAUUCAUAAAUCAGUUGGUUAUGGUUAUGGUUGUGGAAUUACCAUGUCAUCAAUUGUUUCUAUUUUUACUCUUGUUUGCUAGGGUUUCCACUACGGGAAAUAUUUUGGUGUUGCAUCACUUGUCCUUUUCCUCUUCUUUUCAGUUGUAGUUGGAGUUGGUCAUUCAAAAUCUUACGAGGAAAAUAUAAAAAUGAUGCACUAAAAUGUUUUGUAGAUGUUAGGCAUUGCCAAAUGAUUACUCGGCAAUAUCAUUGAGUAGGGUAAAGUUGUUUCCAGUCUAUUUCUAGUGAGAUGAAGAGAAGUAGUCUAAGCCUGGGAGAGCUUCAAUAUGCAUAAUGAUGAUUUCACUUCAAAAACUUAUUCAUUAUGGAAUGGUAUGGACGAUUAAUCUAGCAUCUUAACAAACAUUUUAGGCUACUACACUCACUACUAGAUUUCAAUCUUAUUCCUGAUGUUCCAUUAGUUCUAACUUUUGCCUUACUUUUAGUGUUCUAAUCAACAGCCCCCCACUAUAUCAUUUAAGUGUGAAGGCAGUCUGCAAAUGAACUUGAUCAGAGAGACCUACAACCGAUGGAGUUUCAGAUCAUCUGUUGCAGGUUGCUCCAUCCUAUAUUGGAGUCUUCUGUAUGUACUUGCGGAUGCUAGAAGUUCCAGUCCAUCUAAACACUAAUGGAUAGGUAGAGGUUGCCGAUAAAAUCAUCCAGCGAAAUCAUAAAGUUAAGUUGGAAGGACUAAAAGGGUUAUGGCUGGAGAGUUGUCAAAUGUGUUGUGAGCCUACUAGACGACAUCACAAACUUCUAUUGGUGAGACUCCUUUUUCACUUGCAUUUGGGUAGAAGUCGUAGUGUUGGUAGAGAUCAGAAUUUCUUCACCUAGGGUCAAACAAUUCGAUCUAGUUGAGAAUGACGAGGCACUUUGGCUAAACCUAGAUUUUUUGGAAGAACACCUUGAGAUUGUGCAUCUUUGACUUGCAGAGUAUAAAAAUUGGGUUGCUCGGUAUUACAACUCCUAUGUGUGUAAGUGGAGCUUUAGAGUAGGUGACUUAAUUUUUAGGUGGGUCAUGCCUAUCACCAAGUAUUCUAGCAGUGGAGUCUUAGGAUCAAAUUGGGAGGAUCCUUAUUAAGUGGUAAAGGUUCUUCGACCUAUAACCUAUAGUUUGGUCGACUUGAGUGGGAAAAGUUUGCCUCAUCUAUGAAAUAUUGAACAUCUGAAAUUUUAUUUUCAUUAGAUUUCUUUUUAUAUUUUUAUAAUGAAUGUUUUGUAUUUUUUGGCUUUGCUUCAAAUUUGUAACGGGAAUUUCAUAGUUUCUUUUCAUUCAAGCAAUAAGAAUUAUCUUUUUCAAAUUUACAACGAGCAUUUUGUCUUCUAACUUACACAAGUAACGACUUUCUCUCAUUAGUAAAAUUAAUUGUGCAUGAGUUGAGGGCAAAGGUACUAAUUUUGUCAACGUAAAGGCUAAAACUACAAGUUUAAAUAGGUUGAGUUGUAGGCUUGAGUUGCAAGCAAAGGCAAGCUACAAGUUUAAAUAGACAAAAGCUAAAGUUGUAAGUUUUAAUAGGUCAAGCUGCAAGCUCGAGCUGCAAGUAAAAAUUGGAUACAAAAUUCAAUAAACAAAUUGAUAUUGCAAGCUACAUUAGAUCAAGCUGCAGCUUGAGCCGCGAGCAAGUGUUACAUGCUAAUAAUGAGUUUAUAAAAAUAAACAACACAAACAACUAACAAAAAUUUUGAGAAAUUUUAAACAUUAUUCAUUUAUAUGCUUAUUAUCAUCAAGUUUAGCCAAGGUUUUUGAGUUAUAGGAAAGUCAGGGACGCCUUGAGGAAAUGUGUUGGUGAAGUUUGAGAUGUCAUGCUAAGGGGCAGUUGGUAGAGGUUGGCUCAUAAAAACACCCAUGCUAUCAAGACUUCGAUUUUCGUCAUCUAACCAAACAUUGACCUUAGAUUGAGCGAAGUUGAGAUCAAUGUUGGAAUUUUAGUAAUGCGUACAGCCAAUGUGACUCUAUACUAGAGAUAGUCAUCCUCCAUUUAGUUGUAUGCUUCUGUAGAAGCCCUCAACCCAAUAUUUGGCAUCUGAUAACUUAGUUCAAGCAUCUUGUAGUUCAGCCUUAGCAAUUGGUAACUUCUUCUCCAAUUGGCUUACUGACACCUAGGAGGCAUCAUAGAGAGAUUGAAGAGUUAUCGGAGAUUUGUGAGAAUUAGCAAGCUUAGUGGACACCUCGCAUAUAGAGUUGAAAUUCGAUCAAAAUCUUCUCGAGGAAUUGAAUUUUGCUUGAGAAGUUCCAUCUUCCCGCACAAUCUCACAUGAUUUUGCUUAUAAUAUUCCACAUCAACAUCUCAUAAGAUACCUGAAGAAAAGAAAUAGGAAAGAUGAAAAUACAUAUAUAGGUUGAAAAACGCAAAUAUAUGAUUUGGUAGAGUCCCUUACCAUGCAAAGGUUUUGCCGGGCUUGUGAAAUACUCGAUCAUGGGUUGAGAUUUUUUCGUUCAAACACAACCAUUGGGCCAUAGCCUGAGACAAAGAAUGCAACCUUGUCACUCUUGGAUUCAUAUUAUUCCAUCUCUCUGCACAAUUUCAAAAAAAGAAAAAGAAGGAAAAAAUGAUACAAAACGGUCAAAACCAGUAUGGAUUGCGAAGUUGAGUUCAAAUGUACAAAGCAAUUCUUGUUGAACCAAGCUCGCUCCGUAAUGGAGCAGAUUGUCACUGAAUCUCGAAAGAUGGAAACUGUGCUGGUCAAGGUGGGCUUGCAGUCGACUUACAAAGCAAAAAAAAAAAAAAGAAAAAAAAA